AUGCUCUUGGAACCAGAGACAUCUCUAAUCUGUGAAGUUGAAACUCUUCUUUAAGGAAAUCAAUAUUUAAAAAAACAACUGGUUUUUCUCCUUAUUCACUUAUUGCAAACACAGUGAUUAGGAAAGUCAAUGUGUCAAGGUACUGAGGAAAUAGCCUCUUAGAGAAGAUGUCUGCCUUUAAGGACCACAGUAGAGAGUAGAAAGUAACCAAAAGAUGGGAGAGAUAAGUGAGGUGCCUUGGGGUGACUGCCGGGACCUAGCUGCUUCCUCAGUAGGAUCUAUAGCUCUGCACUCACACACGCCUAAUUCUUCCAUCAGCCUGCUGGUGCUGUGGAAAAACACACAGUCACCAAGACAUAGGCCCCUCUGCAUCAGUUUACAUUGUUUAGCCAUUUAUGGUUUUGUUUUGCCUAUAUAAUACUGCCGAAGAGUUUCUGCCUGGAAUUUAUUGUUUAGGACCUACUUGGAGGAGCUUCUUGCUCAGGAGCCACAUUCACUUGUUCUUUGCUUAGGAGGCCAGUUUCUUGCCACAGUCUUCCUGGUAAAGCAGACACUCCCAUACAUAGUGGAUUCUUCGCAGAGGUGCCUGGAUGCCGAAAAAAAUGUGACGUAUUUGAACUUUGGAUACAGAAUGAAAAGCAAGCUGAUUCAUAGCACAGCACACCGGAUCGUCCCUGGCCGCCAAGGUCUGCCCAGAGCGAUGCCGCUGCCCGACACCAUGUUCUGCGCUCAGCAGAUCCAUAUUCCCCCGGAGCUGCCUGACAUCCUCAAACAGUUCACCAAGGCUGCCAUCCGCACGCAGCCGGUGGACGUGCUACAGUGGUCGGCGGGGUAUUUUUCAGCCCUGUCCAGAGGAGACCCACUUCCUGUAAAGGACAGAAUUGAAAUGCCCGUGGCCACGCAGAAGACAGACACAGGCCUGACCCAGGGACUCCUGAAAGUCCUGCACAAGCAGUGUAGCCACAAACAAUAUGUGGAAUUAUCAGAUCUUGAGAAGAAGUGGAAAAAUCUGUGCCUGCCAGUAGAAAAGUUCAGAGCUCUCCUGGAUCUGGAUCCAUGUGAAGAAAAAGUGGAGUGGAUAAAAUUUUUAGCACUUGGAUGUAGCUCCCUGGGUGGGACACUCAAUAGUGCCAUGAAGAACGCCUGUGAGAUCCUCACUGCAGACCCUGAGGGUGGGCCUGCUCGGAUUGCAUUUGAAACUUUUGCCUUCAUCUACCAGUACUUGUCCUCACUGGACCCUGGAAUCCCAGUCGCAGAUACAGAGGCAUAUCUUGCCACUCUAAAAGAGAAGUCAGAUGCUAGGAAGAAUGGCAUGAUUGGACUUUCGGACUUCUGCGUUAUAAGAAGGCCAAUCUAGGAAGCCUUGAAGGGAAAGCCCUGAAGAGUAGAGCGUUAAUACAAAGAGGAACACAUUUAAUGUCAAAGUAGUGCUUUUGAAAACCUUGGCGCCAAAUACAGCCUGUCAUUAAACACUUCCAUGUGACCUGUGAGUUUUUCUCAGCAGAAAUGUAACAUGACAGGUGCUCACACAGCCACCUGGUCACGGCUUCUCACUUGGUCUUGGAAGGGUGGUAAUGGUGGCAUGGCAAUCACUUUAGGUAAACUGAUCUGGAGAGAGCAGGGAAAGAAGUAGGGUGGGAAGUCUUAAGUGCUUAGCCCGCUUCCCAUGGAUAAUAACAA